AUGGUCAAUGCAAAACCAAAGAAUCCCAGCCCUUGGGCGUGUCAAGAGCUCGUCGUCCCGGGGUUUGAUCAAGCUCCUUCAUCUUGCUCCCUCGCCAUUGGAGACAGCUAUACAGCUGGCGUCGGCUCCGGCAACCAGCUGGGUACCUAUCUCUCCAAGACGUGGCAGUGUUCGCGUUCCAGUUACGCAUACCCCGAGAUUGUCAGCAAAGCCCUGGGCGGUUCGACAAAGAGUUAUCAGUACCUGGCUUGCAGUGGGCAUCGGACAGAUGGCUGGUAUGAUCAAGGAGUGCGUUUUUCUCCCGUACAGCGAGGAAAAGUGGAAGGCAGUUCUCACCAAGGCACAGAACAAAUUCAACUCCAUUUAAAGCCAAAUAUCUGCAAGGUGUUUGAUGCACUGGAAGGCAAGAUGAAAAAGGAUAGCAUCGUCAUCUGCAACGGGUAUGCACCCUUCUUCAACACUGACAACGAUGAUUUCGCCAACAAGCAAACCUGGGCCAUCCGACAGUGGAACUUCACAAGCUAUAUAGGCGUCAAGGGUCUGUCGAGUACGAUGGACACGAGAAGUAACGCAUCGCCUACUCGAAGUGGAGUGAAUGGCCUGGGAUUGUGGAUGGUCAGAUGUGUUCGCCCACGGGAUGGCGUUGCCUUUCAACUUGGGACUUCCGGAUUACUUCUUGGCAAACUUUCACCCAACCAAAACGGGUACGAGACCAUUGCGGCUGCCACGCUCGAGAUGAUCGCCUGGACGAGAGCCAAGAUUUUGGGCAAGGACUCGUGCAAGGUCGAGAGUCAAGACGACUUCAAGUGCUGGUCCUCGAACGGUCUCGACUGGCCACGCCUCUAUGCCGGCUGGGAGCGGCUGGACAAGACCUUCCGCGAGUUCUGCGACAAGGUGCGGGCGCCCGACAACACGUUCAACUGGAAAAAGGAGGAGAGCUACCUUGUCGGUACGAUCGAGGAACACCACUGCAAGGUGAAGCUGAGCGACCGUGCGUCUGAGUGCAGCAAGGACGAGUGCCUCGAGGCGUUCAAGAGGCGCAUACAUAGCUGCGACAACAGCGGCAACAACAACAAGCAGAACCCCAUGAACUGGAAGUACAGCGGGCGGUACAAGCCAUGGACCUUCAAGUACUGCGCACCCAACGGCAUCAAGUGCGACGGGUACGAUUGGUACGUCAUAUGGCACAGCACGAUUGGGGUCAACUGUCGGUGCAUGGACGCCAUGAACGUGGUGGCCAGGUCGGCUGCCGGGUACUUUCACAAGUACAAUGACGGUAAGGGAAGGUAUGAGGAUGGCGGGUGCUCCGAGGGGAAAUCGAACGGGACGUUUCCUUCCUGA